AUGAAUUCUGACAAGGGUAAGAGUUCUUUGGCCUCAUCUGAUGUAAUUGUGAUUGAUUUUGACAUACCCUUUGAGUUUGUGUAUUCGAUUGCUACUGGUAUUGAACUACUUGAUAUGAUUUUCAUUAUGGCCUCAGUGACAUGGAAAGUUCGUAUUGUAGCCAUCUUUGGUAUCGUGGCUUCAAAAUACAUUCAGGGAUAUUAUCAGCCAACUACAAGGGAACUAAUAGGAAUCAACGGAACCACAAAAGCACCUGUGAUGAAUUACGCAUCUGAAACGUCUCUUGGAGUAGCAACAAUACGAGCAUUCAAGAUGCAAGAUAGGUUCUUUAAGGACUAUAUGAGGCUAGUGGAUACAGAUGCAAGUACUUUCAUUUUCUCAAAUGCAACCUUUGAAUGGUUGGUUUUGAGAAAAGAAGCCUUUUCGAACCUGACCUUGUUCACUACUACUUUUCUCCUGGUUUUCAUACCAAAGGGUUUUGUGUCUCCAGGUUUGGUUGGGCUAUCUCGUUCUUAUGCAAUGACACUGACGGGUACCUAA